UAAUCCCGUUGGUGCGGCGUGCCUGUAGUGGUGGUAGAGGCCGAAGUGCGGCGCUGAGGUGCUGCUCCGGAAGGGGGAUUGUUGUCCACGCUGCCUGCCUCCAUAUGCUGCCCCGACACUGAACGUUCAUGCGGGAGACGCGGCCUUCAGGAUGGGGAAGAAGAAGGGAUCCAAAAACGAAACAAAUGGAGAAGUGGAUGACCUGAUACAAGAGAAUGACAAUGUUGCUUCGAAGGAGGCUGGCAAGAAGAGCAAGAAGGGGAAGAAGAAGGCCGGAGACUGGGAAGAUGACAUUGCCAAGGACCUGGAAGACAUGACCUUGGAGGAGGGGGGUGGGGUGAAACCAGAGGAACCCGAGGAAACCCCUCCAGAGAAAAAGAAGAAAGAAAAGAAAUCCAAAAAGGCAGCUAAGAAGGAUUCUGAUGAUUCUGAAGAAGAGAUGAUAAAGCCCACCAUGGGGGGAGGAUUUGCAGCCCUGAUGGACGAAAACGAUGACCUUGGCGGUGAUGAUGAUGAUGAGGAUGAGCCACAGGAGACCAAAGCCAAGAAGGAACCAAAGAAAAAGAAGGAGACUGUGGACUCCCCUCAGACAGGUGCAGAAGACGACAAAGGGAAGAAAGGCAAGAAGAAGAAAGGAAAGAAAAAGGGUGACGAUGAAGAGGACCUUGACAAGAUUCUGGCGGAGCUGGAGUCGGAGUACAAGGGUGAGAAGCCUAGCGAGGGGGCCAAAAAGGAGGAGGUCCUAAGCGAAGACAUUCCAGCAGCAGAACCGGCAGAAGAGGAGACAGGGAAGAAGAAGAAGAAGAAGAAGGACCAGCCAGAGGAACCAUCAACACUGGAGGUCACCCCUGUCGCCCCUGCGGAAGGGAACGAGGUGGCUGAGCAGGAGGCCGAUGAGGAAAAGAAGGAUGAUGCAAAGUCCAAGAAGAAGAAAAAGAAAAAGGAAACAGCAGAUACCACACCAACAGCAAAGGGUGACUCGUCGGAAGCAAAGGAAGGCUCUGCAGCUCCUCAGGAAGAUGGAGAGGCUGAGGCUGAAGGUGAAAGCGGAAGUAAAAAGAAAAAGAAGAAGAAGAAGGGAGAUAAGGAAGAGGAGGAGGACAGCAAGGCCAAGAAAGGCAAGCCCAACAAGAAGAUGUUGGCAGCCAUGAAAGAGAUGUUGGCCAAGCAGAAGGAACAGGAGGAAAAGUUGAGAGCUGAGGAAGAGGAGAGGCAAAGGCAGGAGGAAGAAAGGAUAAGAAAAAUUGAGGAAGAAAAAAGGUUGGAGCAAGAGAAGAAAGAUCGUAAAAAACAGAAGGAAAAGGAGAGAAAGGAGCGGCUCAAGGCAGAAGGCAAACUAUUAACGCCAAAGCAGAAGCAGGACUUGCGGCGUGCCCAAGGCCUGCUGGAGCAUCUGAAGGCCCAAGGAGUCAGUUUGCCAGAAGCUGGGGAAAAGAGACCUCGGCCAGGCACUCGGGUGAGGCCCAAGAAGAAGAAAGAGGAGGAAAAAACUGAGGAGCAGGAGCAAGAGCAAUCUGCAAGUGAUGAGAAGAUGGAAGUUAAUGAAGCUCCCAAGGAAGGAGAGGAAGUUGCAGAUUCAUGGGACCAGGCAGAAGAGGAAGGGGAGGAAGAUGAUGUUAAGGACACUUGGGAUGCCAGUGAUGAUAAUGAAGAGGACGAGGAUGAGGAUGAAGAGGAAGAGGAUACAUCUGAAGCUACCAAGGCAUCCGGAGACACAGAAACCAAGAAGAGUGAUAAGGAUGAAGAGGACAGUGAAGAGGAAAGUGAUAGUGAUGACUCUGAAGAAGAACGGCAGACGGAAGCUGAAAAGAGGAAACAGAGAGCCUUGAUGAGGAUAGCUAAGAGGAAGGAAGCCAGCGAAAAGAAACUGUCAUUGGACAAUCUCCGGGCACCAGUGGUGUGUGUACUGGGACAUGUUGACCACGGCAAGACCAAGAUUUUAGACAAAUUGCGACGAACCAAUGUGCAAGAAGGGGAGGUAGGCGGCAUCACACAGCAGAUUGGAGCAACCAACGUGCCUGCCCACGGCGUCCAGAGACAGACACACAUGGUCAAAGAUUUUGACAUGAACAAGUUGAAGUUUCCCGGCUUGCUCAUCAUUGACACUCCCGGCCACGAGUCCUUCAGCAACCUGCGCUCCCGUGGCUCCUCCCUCUGCGACAUUGCCAUUUUGGUGGUGGACAUAACUCAGGGCCUUGAACCUCAAACCAUAGAGUCCAUAAACCUGCUAAAGAAGAAGAAAACUCCAUUCAUAGUUGCUCUUAAUAAAGUAGACAGAGUGUUUGAGUGGACGUCUAACCCCUCGAAGGACAUCCGGGAAGUAAUUAAAGUGCAGAAGGAACCAUCUAAGAAUGACUUUGAGCGAAGAACGAAGGAAAUCAUCCAGGCCCUCAAUAUUCAGGGUUUGAAUGCUGCUUUGUUUUGGGAGAACCCAGACCAGCGGCAGUAUGUGUCCCUUGUGCCCACGAGUGCCAUCUCCGGGGACGGCAUGGGGAACCUCAUAUCCCUCGUAUGUGAUAUGUGCCAACAGAGGUUGAGCCGCCGUCUCAUGUUCAACGAGGAGCUCCAGUGUACGGUUCUGGAGGUAAAGACAAUCCAAGGUCACGGCACCACCAUAGAUGUGAUUCUAAUAAAUGGUCGACUGCGUGAGGGGGACACCAUCAUCCUGGCAGGCACGGAGGGACCAAUCGUGACGCAGAUAAGGUCACUCCUUUUGCCCAAACCACUGAAGGAGAUUAGAGUAAAAGGACAGUAUGAUGAGUUCAAGGAGGUCGCAGCAGCACAGGGUGUCAAGAUUGCUGCUCGGGACCUGGAGAAAGCCAUUGCUGGAUUGAACAUGCAGGUGGCUUACCACGAAGAUGAGGUGGAGCUACUCAAGGAGGAAGUAGACAGAGAAUUCAAGACUGCCAUGCGCUCUAUCAAGGUGAAGGAACGUGGGGUGUAUGUUCAGGCCUCCACUUUGGGAGCCCUUGAGGCCCUGCUGGAGUUCUUCAAGGCCAACUCCGUGCCUUACUCUGGGAUCCGUGUGGGGCCUGUUGUCAAGCGGGAUGUGAUGAAGGCAGCAGCCAUGCUGGAACAUGACCCCAUGUAUGCUGUGAUUCUGGCCUUUGACGUUAAAGUGGAGAAAGAUGCCCAGGAGCUGGCUGACAAGGAGGGUGUGAAAAUCUUCUCAGAAGAAACCAUCUAUCACUUAGGUGACCGAUACGUAGAAUACAUUAAAGAUUAUAAAAAGAAGAAACAAGAUGAGUUUAGAAGUGUUGCUGUAUUUCCCAGCAAACUCAAGAUCAUACCUACGGCAAUUUUCAACAAGCGUGACCCCAUCGUGCUGGGCGUGACUGUGGACGCCGGCAUUCUGAGGACUGGGACCCCACUCUGUGUUCCUUCAAAAGAGUUUGUUGAGAUUGGCAUUGUUACAUCAAUGGAAUUUGACCACAAGAAUGUGGACCUGGCCAAGAAAGGAGUGGACGUGUGCAUCAAGAUUGAGCCAGUCCCGGGCAACACCCCGAAGCUGUUUGGUCGUCACUUUGAGGGUGACGAUGUGUUGGUGAGCAAGAUAUCGCGAGAGUCUAUCAACGCCUGUAAGGACUACUUUAGGGAUGAUCUGAGUAAAAAUGACUGGAAACUAAUGGCUGAACUUAAAAAAGAAUUUCAAAUACUUUAGGAUACAAUAAGAGUUUAGUAAAGAACCUAGGAUUGUCAUGUUAUGUAAUAUAACAAAUUUAUAUUAUAUGUUUAACUUAUUAUCUCUAGGAGAUAGUUUUUGAAGAACACCUCAAAUUUUAAAAUCUUACUGACCGAGCAAAAAAAAUGUACAGAUAUGAAACCCAAGCCAUCAAGUUUAGGGAAACGAUGUACAUUGGUUAAACAUCCAGUCCCAUUGUUUCCAUGACAGUAAUUGUGAUGGAAGAUCACAGUUUCUUAUUCAGGUGGGAUAUGUUGCUAUAUAUGAUGAUGAUUAGCUCUACAACAAAACGCCUUGAGCUCUGUCUAGCUUUGCGCACCACGCCAGCUGAAUGUGCCAAGCAACA